UUCUGUCUUUAAAACAUCACACUAUAACUGUUCAAUGUUCAUGUAUUUUCUAUUUUCAUAUACUACUCACAGAAGCAAAUAAACCAAUAAAAAAAGGUUAAAAAUCCACUGCAUCUUCUCUCUCUUGAAAGCAGAAACCAAAUAAGUGAUUACUGUUCCUGUUCUUGUUCAUCUAUUUUGUUGAGAAAAAUCCAGUCUUUUUAUUGUUUCUCCCACUGGGUUGUACUCAUAUUUAUAUAAUUUGUGUAUUUGAUACAUAUUUUAGUUUAUUCAAGAACCUGUAUUUUGCUUGAUAAAAAAUUAAAAAUCCAAUCUUUUUAUUGUUUCUUGAGCUGGGUUGUACUCAUAUUUAUAUAAUUUGUGGAUUUUGAUACAUAUUUUAGCAUUUUCAAGAACCUUUUUUUAUGGGAUGCCGCAUGAAAUUCUUGAAUGUGGUUUUGGUGGUGGCGGCGGUGAUGGCUGCUGCCGCCGCCGUGGCCUUCGGAGCUGAGAAAUUGCCGGCGGGAGUGCUUAGUUUGGAAAGGAUUUUUCCUUUGAAUGGGAAGAUGGAGCUGGAGGAGGUUAGAGCAAGGGACAGAGCUAGGCAUGCUCGAAUGUUGCAGAGUUUUGCUGGUGGUAUUGUUAAUUUUCCUGUUGUCGGUUCAUCUGACCCUUAUCUUGUCGGCCUUUAUUUUACAAAAGUAAGACUGGGAACUCCACCAAGAGAAUACAAUGUGCAGAUCGACACUGGCAGUGAUAUCCUAUGGGUCACAUGUAGUUCCUGCGAUGAUUGUCCUCGGACAAGUGGACUUGGGGUUGAGCUCAACUUCUAUGAUGCUACCAUCUCGUCAACUGCUUCUCCCAUUUCUUGUGCAGACCAAGUGUGCGCCUCUAUAGUUCAAACUGCCUCCGCUGAGUGCUCUACGGAAACCAAUCAGUGUGGUUACUCCUUUCAAUAUGGAGAUGGGAGUGGCACAACUGGCCAUUACGUAGCCGAUUUACUAUAUUUUGACACAGUCCUGGGAACUUCUUUGAUUGCCAACUCUUCAGCACCGAUUAUUUUUGGGUGCAGCACCUCUCAGUCUGGGGACUUGACCAAGACGGACAGAGCAAUUGAUGGGAUAUUUGGGUUUGGUCAACAGGGUCUUUCAGUAAUAUCUCAACUGUCUUCUCAUCGGAUUACUCCUAAAGUAUUUUCACAUUGCUUGAAAGGAGAGGGAAAUGGUGGAGGUAUACUAGUCCUUGGUGAGAUUUUGGAUCCGAGAAUCGUAUAUAGUCCCCUUGUUCCGUCACAGGCGCAUUACAAUGUAUAUCUGCAGAGCAUUGCUGUUAAUGGACAGUUGGUGCCUGUUGAUCCAUCAGUGUUUGCGACAUCUGGCAAUCGAGGAACUAUUGUGGAUUCUGGUACAACUUUGGCUUAUAUUGCCACAGAAGCUUAUGAUCCCUUUGUCAAUGCUAUAACUGCUGCUGUUUCACCAUCAGUUAGGCCAAUCAUCUCACGAGGAAAACCGUGCUUUCUAGUGUCCUCGAGCAUAGCAGAGAUAUUUCCCCCAGUUUCUCUAAACUUUGAUGGUGGUGCAUCGAUGGCUUUAAGACCAUCAGACUACCUUGUGCAUAUGGGCUUUGUCGAAGGUGCUGCUAUGUGGUGCAUCGGCUUUGAAAAACAGGAUCAAGGUGUAACAAUUUUAGGAGAUCUUGUUCUGAAAGAUAAGAUCUUUGUGUAUGACUUAGCUCGGCAAAGGAUUGGAUGGGCAGAUUAUGAUUGUUCAUCAUCUGUGAAUGUGUCUAUAACCUCUGGCAAGGAUGAAUUUAUCAAUGCUGGACAGUUAAGCGUGAACCGUGCAUCAGGCAGUUUGCUGUUCAAUCCGCGGCACACUAGAACUAUAUUUCAUCUGCUAUCGUUGGUUCUGAUGAUUGGUUCCCCAUUUUUAACUUAAUUCAGUUUUGACUUGCCAUUUUUCGUUUGGUAAUAUGCUUUGCCGAUUAAUAUUACUCUAGUUGGCUAGCAAUUGUGUCAUUCUGAUUCCCUUACUAGGUUUUCCACUGAGCUGAUUGAGGCUUCUACCUUUCUUCUGACCUCGAAAAGGUUUGUCCUUAGAUGUCUCUCUCGCACGUGACUAGGAGAGGCCUCUACCUUCCUUCUGACCUCGAAGAGAUUUUUCCUUUAGAUGUCUCUACAGUGAAUUGCCAUGUAAAUAACGUCUUAGUUAAGGAUGGCGAAGUGAAGACGCGUAACUAGAGGCAAGAUGAAAGCAAUUUGUGCUCUUGCUUCGGCCUUCGAGUUGGUCAAGCUGUUGUAGAAGGUAAAAAUUUUGAAGGCCCGGGCUUCUUGUAAAGCACUAGUUUCUGUAUGCACAUUGCAUCAUUGUAAAAGCAAUUAGCCGUUGUAAGCAUUGCUGCUUGUUAAAUUUUCAUCCUUAUUUCUUGUCAGAUUCUGUCUUAUUGGCAGUGUAACACAUUUAAAAUGUUUCGGUAUAAUGAAAAGUGUGUACUAUAUGAA